AAUGUACACUUUGCUAAAAUAGUUUACACUUUGAUUUCUUUGAUUUCUGAACUUUAAAAGCCGCAUAUGGUUUUAAAUUAGUUAAAGAUUAUAUUUGUUCGUUAGAGAUCAAAAUGUUUGUCUCUUGAUAGAAAAAAUGACGAACAUUAUAUUUUGUUUUUUAGAUUGUGAAAAUUUGACUUUCGUACACUUUGUACACUUUGCUGAAAAAAACAAAGCGAAAUGUACAUUUUGCUUAUGAAAUACAGAGUGUACUGUACAUUUUGUUUUAGAUUUCCAUUGGAAACACUGGUUUUAAGUGGAUCAAUAUCAAAUGCACUACGCGUGGCGACCUCUUAGAAAAUUAAAUGGGCCGAGACUUUGAUGAAUACUAGUAGAUAGAGAAAAAAAUUCUCUAUCAAACUGUGUCUUUACUUCUUUUUAGAAAAGUGAUUAUAACCGAGAAAUAUUCGAUAUAAUCUGGUCAAUCCAAACAAAUAUAAAAUAAUACCAUUAUACCGUAUUCUUAUUGGUCGUCGAGUUUCCUUACUCAGUAUUAAUCAACUUAAUCAAUAAUUUUCUCGAGAAAAAAAAAUAGGCCGAAAAAUCUGACUUCAUGAGAUAAUUUGUCUUUUGUCAAGCUACAAUUUGAUAUGAAGUAGUCCCUCUGAAAAAGUGAUCGGAGUAUUUCAGAAAUUAGCGCCACUAAGAGCAUAAGUGUAUUCGCCAUUUGAUAUUGAUUUAAUGUUUUUUUCUCGAUUUGUCUCUAGACUACUAGUGUAGUGGAGCAAAGUUUGAUUCUUCUUUUAAGGUAUUAUUUAAUUUAAUGUCAUUAAACUUUUUAGAAAAAAAAUACAAAAAGUAUAAUAUUUAUAUUAGAAUUCUCUGUGUGUACUUUGGUAGCUAUUGAAAAUUGUCUCAGAGAAGGAUAAAAUUCUGAAUUUCUACGUCAUUUAACAUGCUUAUUCAUAUCUACUGACCAGUAAUCGAACUAUUUUAUUCGAUAGAACAACAAUGGAUGAUAACGUUAUGUCCUCGAUUCUUUCUUUUUCUUUUUUCUCUUCUCUCCUCUCUUUCUUUUCUAUGCAUAUGUUUGCUAGUCAGUCAAUUAUUUCAAACAUAUCAUCCACAGUGAUAACCAUAAUAUCUCAGCGAAUACUGCAAAUAUAAAUAAUCGAAUUUUUUAUUUUUUGUUUUUGUUUUUCAGAAAUGCCCGACAUAGGUUUAUGUGCUGAUGUAACAUGUGAUGAUGAAAUCAAAGAAUUAUAUGAAUGUCAUUGUUGUUUACGUCUUGUUUGUUUAAAUCAUUUGAAUGAACAUGUUCAAAUAACAAAACAAAAUAGACAACGAUUUGAUAGUCUUCGCAAUGGAUUAAAUACAAUUGUGAAUACACUGAAACAAAUUGUUAAAGAAAAACUAUUAAUUAUUGAACGUGAACAGAAUUUAAUUGAACAAGGAAACAAAAUUCUUGAUGUAUCCAGUAGUUCAAUUGAUGAAUUAGAAAGUAUUUUUGAAGAAAUUAGUCAAACAAUAGCAUCAAAUCAUUCAAGUAAAAAUUGA